AUGUCGAACGCGACUGUCGGGGUGACCAUACAAGACAUCGAACUCUCGCUUUUAGAGGACUAUGUAAACCAAUCUGCACGUGUAUUCUGGAUGUACGACUACCUUCAGACCCUCCCGAUGGAAAUACAUACGAUCUGGAUGAAGAAGUUCACUGGCGUUUCCCUGAUUUUCCUUGUCAAUCGUUACCUGCUGCUCGCGUCUAUCGUUGCUGAACUCUACGCAAACACUCCUGGCUAUGCCUCCUCAACAAGUUGUUCCUUCUGGCACCAUCUCUAUUAUGCAUGUGGUAUCGUCACUGUCAUGACCACGAGCGCAAUAUUGACUAUGAGGGUGUACGCUCUGUACAACCGAAAUCGAUGGAUCAUUGUCAUAGCAUCCAUACUCGUGCUAGCAAGACUUGGCGUCGACCUCUGGACUGUCGUCAAAGCAAUACGGCAGACAGGAUCCACUGGCUAUGGCGAAUUGGGAUUACGAUGUGGUAGUGAAGUCAGUGCAAACCUUCAUACGUUCAAUGCGAGGGUACUUUACUGUCACAGUAUGCAACUCACGACGGACUCUCUCGCAUUGGGUUUUGAUACAUUCGUCUUCGUGUUGACCCUCAAGAAGACGGUUCGACACGUUCGCGAGAUGCGACAGAUAGCGCAAGAGGGGAUUGCGAACAUUCUUCUCCGCGACGGCAUUAUUUAUUUUCUGCUUGUCUUUCUCAUGACGGCGAUAGACAUGUCGCUACACAUCGCAACAAUCGUCGGUGGGGAUAACUCGUACUCUGGAUACGCGUUCACGGCGAUAAUGUCUGCAUACUGCGACUACACGCCGAACAUGCUCGUCAACCGUCUCGUACUCAAUCUCCGCGAGUAUUCAACACAACACAGAAUCGUAUACACCGACGAGAUCGACACCAUUCCGAAGUUGACAUUCACGAACGCCGAAGGUAGAAUCCUUGGGAAUAUCGGCGCGCCGUUGGAUCAUGGACGAUGGAAGGACUCGAUUGGUUGGGUGAACUCAGCGGAGAGCGAGACCGCUCGCGGUUCGUACGAGGGCGCGGCCCCUUCGAAAACUAGAGGAUCCGGAAUAACGACGCAAAGAGGUUCUUCUAUGCGGAAUGUUUCUUAUUUGUAUGUUUUUGCAGAAGGGUUGACGUUGGGGAUGUACGAUUGGUGUACGAUUCAGAUGCAGUGGACGGGUGUUUUCGGAGUGUUUGAGUACGAUACUGUGGCGUUUGUGUAUCCCCUGAGACUUUAUGCCGAAUAG